UCAUAUUGAUUACCCGUCCAGCGAGCGACGGUACGAUAUCUUGUUCAAAUAGAAACGAACUACCUUCUGAGGCCAAACAGGUUAAAAACAGACCCAACAACCUGAGAAUGUCAUAACUGUAACAGCUACAGAUUGAUAUAAUUUCUCAACAUGGUACCACAGAAGAACGUGCUCUGUGCACUGAUGAUUUUCAUCAGUGGCACCCUGGCACAGUCUCCGGACGACCCUUGCCACAUCUACAAUGACGUUAUCAGCCAUGGCGGCAGAAGUCCAAGAUGUCCUUAUGAGAAGACAGAUGAAAAAUGUGAUGAGUUCCUCACGCCCUCAUGGUUUAGAGUUAAAGUCGGUGAAGAUAAUGAAUUCCCACGGAUGACAUCGUACUGCCCUGAACCGUACAGCUGUGGUGCAAAUUACCCCAUCUGGCUGAACGGAACUCACCCGACUGUCGAGGAAGGCAUUGUGAACAGGGCGGCAUGUUUGAGAUACGCUGAUAACUGCUGUGAGAAGAAGUCGUACAUUCAGAUCAAGAAUUGCACAGAAUACUUUGUGUACUUUUUGUCAAAGGCUUCCACAUGUCCAGGUCGUUACUGUUUUGAUUCGGAUGUUCCAUGUCCAACUCCUCCCAUGACAGCAUCUUCCAUGACAACAUCUUCAAUAACAACAUCUUCCAUGACAUCCACAACUGUCAACUCUACCGCUGCUGUAUCAUUGUUUUUACACAGUCGCGUGCUAACGUGUGUCCUGUCUGUGCAGGCACUUCUCAUUUUCUGAUGAACAAACGAAAAACUGUUCAAACCUGGCAUCUGGUACUAUUACACUGUGUUGGAACAAUGAACAGUAUCAGACUGUGAUGAUUAUUUAACUUACUAAUAGUGAUCCAUUCUAUGGUGCAUUUGCACAUCGAUACGUAACAUAAUUUUACCACGACUUCAGUAAAUAUUGGAUUGUGAUUGGCUAAAGUCAUUCAGAGGUAUAUACUCACGUUACAUCUCUGAUUUUCCAAGAUAGUGUGUUUAUCUCCUAAUUACACAUAAAUCAUCAUAGUACAUAAACAAACGACGAAUAGCCCUGACAUACACACUUCGUUAGUUAAAUAAACUAUUGUGUCAUCAUAUCUUAAGCUUAUUAGACAUCCAUUUUAAGUCGUGGCCAUGUUCUGAUUAUUGAGCGUUUAUUCCUCUAAUUACACCAUAUUUUACAUGUUUAUGUAAAACUCUAUUAGUUAUCUCUAUUUAUAUACAAUCAACAAUCUUGUUAGUUUUAUGAUAUCAUGUAAAUGUCAAAUUAUUAAAUGGAUUAAACGUAUCUGUAAUAAUGUUGCAAAUGUAUUCAAUUCUAUUUAUUGUAUAUCUGUAUUAUCUAUAUGUUUAAAACUAUUCAAACAAUGGCAAUACAAUACUGUUGAAUACUGAUAUUUUUGUUAGAUUAGACUGUUUGUCUACAAUCAGAAAAUUUAUCCUAAUCCUAAAUUGUGUAUGGGGACGAUGUUUUGCCAUGAUGUCAUUGAGCGCUGAUACGGGAGAUGGGUGUAAUGCGUUUCUGGUGAAUAAAAUUGAUUUGAUAACUCUAAAUCAAAUUCUAAUAAGUA